CUUCCUUUGCUUUUCUUUUCUUCUCCCCUCCCCUCCCUCUCUCCUCUCCUACUCCUCACCUCCCCCUCAGCGCGCCAUGGAUAUCGCCCUCGAGAUCUGGGACACCUUCAUUGGUGAUCCUUUGUACGCCACGCUACUUCCACUUUCUCUGUCCUCCUCGGUCUCUUUCCCUGGUUUUACCAAUGCUGCCAACAGCACGCUAUCUUUCUUUGGCGCGUCUCAACCCUUCAUUUACGAGCCCGCCACCCAAUUGAUUUACUUGGAACCGUCGAAGUAUGCAUACAUGAGCGCGUGGCCCAGAAACAACAUCUAUCGCCAAUUCUUGAGUUUCUUCCUGAUCGUUUGGAUCUUUGGUUUCAUCACCUACUUUGUGUCUGCGACUCUUUCAUACAUCUUCAUUUGGGAUAAAACCACCGUCAAACAUCCCAAAUUCCUCAAAAACCAAAUUCCCAUGGAGAUCGCGCAGACGAUGGGCUCCAUGCCUAUCAUGUCCUUGUUGACUGCGCCCUUUUUGGUCGCCGAGGUCCGGGGCUAUGCGAAGCUUUACGAUGGUUUCUCAGAGGAGCCAUUCCCCUAUUAUAGUGUCCUGCAGUUCCCGUUGUUCAUUGCCUUCACCGACCUUUGCAUCUAUUGGAUCCAUCGCGGCCUGCAUCAUCCGUUGAUCUACAAGACCCUGCACAAGCCUCACCACAAGUGGAUCAUGCCUAGUCCGUAUGCAUCGCACGCAUUCCACCCGCUGGAUGGCUGGUCACAAAGCGUUCCCUAUCACUUGUUUCCCUUCAUUUUUCCUCUUCAAAAAUUCGCCUACGUCCUUCUUUUCGGGUUCAUCAACCUCUGGACAGUCUUGAUUCAUGACGGGGAAUAUGUCGCCAACAGCCCAGUCAUAAAUGGCGCGGCCUGCCACACGAUGCACCAUCUCUACUUCAACUACAAUUACGGACAAUUCACAACUCUCUGGGACCGCCUCGGAGGGAGUUACCGACAGCCGAACGAGGAACUCUUUCGCCGCGAGACGAAAAUGGACGAGAAAGAAUGGAAGCGACAAACCAAGGAAAUGGAAACUAUCCUCAAGGAUGUUGAGGGCGACGAUGACCGCAAAUACCUGGCAGAGGAAGAAACCAAGAAAGACUUGUGAUUCGGAGUUGGAGCUCCACGAAAGACAGCCCCUGGCGAGCCGAUCGAAGCAUUUCCCCCUCCCUUGUCCGACUCCCGGGGCUGGGAAAAAAAAA